CAGAGCUACCUGAAAAAAUUCUUCAACCUAACAGAGGAGACCGGUCCUACUAUCCGGCGGGGGUUCAGCCCAGUGAGCAGGAAGCUGAUUGAGAUGCAGAGAUUCUUUGGUCUCCAGAUCACCGGGACGCUGGAUGCUGACACCGUGGCAAUCAUGAAGAAGCCUCGCUGUGGUGUUCCAGACGAAAAUCUUGCCCGUUUCUCCACGUUUGGACAGCACAAGUGGCAGAAAAACAGCAUUACCUACAGGAUAGAGAACUACACUCCGGACAUGUCUGUGUCAGAGGUAGAUGAUUCUAUAGAGAGAGCUCUGCAGGUUUGGGCCAAAGUCACUCCUCUGAGUUUCACUAGAAUCAACAGCGGCACCGCUGACAUCAUGAUCUCCUUUGGCCGCCAAUCACAUGGUGAUUAUUACCCCUUUGAUGGCCCUGGUGGUACUCUUGCCCAUGCAUUCGCCCCAUCCACUGGCAUUGGUGGAGAUGCUCAUUUUGACGAGGAUGAGGACUUCACUUACCGGUCAAACAGAGGCUACGUCCUCUUCAUGGUGGCUGCCCAUGAGUUUGGCCACUCCCUGGGCUUGUCUCACUCUGAUGAUGCUGGUGCUCUCAUGUACCCUGUGUACACAUACAGAAAUCCUGACACCUUCAUCCUGCCCCGGGACGAUGUCAACGGCAUCCAGUCUCUCUAUGGUCCAAACACUGGUAAAGAUCCCUCUGGAAAGGAACCACAGCCCCCCACCACUCCUGAUGCCUGUGAUUCAACCAUGGUCUUGGAUGCUGUCACCACCCUGCGAGGAGAGAUGUUCUUCUUCAAGGACAGCUUCUUCUGGCGGAUCUACCCUCAGAGCAGCACACCUCAGCAGAGUCUCAUCACAAACUUCUGGCCCGAUGCCCCCUCCAACAUCGACGCUGCUUAUGAAAGCCGAAACUCAGACAAAGUCUAUCUCUUUAAAGGCCGUAAAGUGUGGGCCUUCAGAGGUUAUGAUCUUGUACGUGGAUAUCCUAAAAGGCUCUCCAGGUUUGGUUUCCCAAGAGGUGUGAGGAAAAUCGAUGCUGCCCUUUUUGAUGCAGAAUCCGGCAAGACUCUGUUCUUUGUAGGCAGCAAAUACUUCAGUUACGAUGAGGGCAGAAAGACCAUGGAACGGGAAUCUCCCAAGAUAGUCGAUCAGACCUUCUCUGGCCUGAAUGGCAGGGUGACUGCAGCCGUCCAGUACCGAGGUUUUACUUACAUCUGCACUGGACCCUACAUAUUUGAGUACAGGUCCAGGACGUUGAACCGUGUGCUGAGGAACAGCUUCUUCCUGCCCUGCAGUAACUUCUAGUCCUCUUCAUCAAGU